GCUUUUCCUCAGCUUGUUCUGUUUGCUCUUUUUCCCUUAUUACUUUUAAUUUGUCUUCAAUUGAUUGAUUCUACUGCUACCUAUAUAAUAUCUGCUCCUUGCAACUUAUUUUUCUUCUUUGAUUAACCUCCUAGCUCUCAAAUCAAAAUUACCAAAAUGCAAAUUCAACAAUUUAUUCAAGCCUAUCUUGCUUCCAAUUUAUUGAAUUAUGCUGUUGACAAUCAAGCAGUUUUAGACAACGAUCAAGCUCAAGUUAAAAACACAGAUACAUCUGACUUAUCUCUUGAUGAUACUGCUGUUGAUGAUCAACUACUCCGUUCUCAAGGUCAUGCUAUUAACAUUUUGAAGAACAAGUCAAACGAUACCACUUCAAGUAAUGGAGCCAAUGAAUUGAUCAACGUAAACUAUAAUGGUGUUUUUGGUGUUGCCCUUGCUAUCGGUUCAGCUUUUCUUUUAUAAAUAUAUCUAUAUACUGAUAUUUUUAUUUUUUAUUUAUAAAUUAGCUACCUAAUAAAAAAAUGCUUUUAUUU